AUGCCCGUUGUGCUCCUGACGACGCUUCUUCCACCGAAUACUUACUAUGGAGAAGAGGACAAACGGUGGACUUAUGUUCAAGUAUACCAGGCAGUUGACCUUGUGUGGGCGGUAUGGAUCUUUAACUCCGUGUUCGGCAAGCUUAUGCAGCACUGGAUUCAGUCUGGUCUGAAUCGGCGCAACUUCAGCGACUUUGUGCUCACGCUGCUGACCAUAGCAUCUGUUGUGCAUAUGGCUGCAAGAAUAGUUAUGGCAAUUAUCGUAGUUCCAUGGCUAGUUCCACUGCAGCUGUUUUUGGAUCGAUUCUUUGUUCUCAUGGUGAUCACUGCGUACGCGGCAAUAUCACGGAGCUUGAUUUUGGCCAGUAACACAGAUGCAGCCGCUAGUACCUCCAAAGUGGAUGUCUUCAAGGUGCUGUCGGUUGUUACGACGGGCCCAAUUCUCCUCGCGAUGAUUGCACAAGUUGUAGUCGCCGCACGAGCCCCUCACAGAAAUUGGGAGUUAGAGGUCCUAGUCUGUGCAGCGAUCGCUAUGGCAUUCGUAAUCGAAGCCUUCAUCUUGAACUUAGCGCGCAGUCGUGUUCAAUCACGAUUAAACAAAGUCAAAGCCUUCCUGUCCCCUAUGCAAGCCCGACGUGAGAAACGAAUGCUUAGGAAGCUGAACUAUUUGACUAUGUUCACGAUUUUUGGCGUGUUUCUCAUGGGCGGAUACGCGGUUCACCUCUGGGUAUUGCAUAAAGUCAACUUGGAUGACCCAGCGAGCGGAAACGUCGAGGUACGGGACUCUGCCAUCGUCAUGGCUAUGGGUUUCUUGGAACUUUUGUUUGCUGGUGUUUCUGCUGCUACCGCAGCAGAUUUGUUUGAUGUCACGGAGCUCAAGCCUAGCUCGCCAUUCUACAAGCUUGUCACCGCCACAGCGAGUCGUGCAGGAGUUCUGGUCAGUCAUCAAGGAACUAUCAAAGGAUCACAGGAGCAGAAAGAAUCCCGACCGAGCUCCUCGGUAAGGGGAGCACAGUUGGAAGCCGCGCCAGCGUCGCAAGCAUCACAAUUAUCGCAAGUAUCUGCAGCAAAUGAGCAGCGCGAACUUGAUCUGGAAAGAGAAUGGAGGACUGGUCUUCUACAAACGGCCGAGGAUCAAGCCUUGUGGUGGAAGAAAUUGAAUACUCUAACCUGGAAGGAAUUCACAACCUUCCCGAACCCGAUAUCUGAGGCAGAAAUUCGAAUUUGGAUCUUUAUCAUGGCAUUCAUAUGCGCUUUAAGUCCUGUGCUGGAUAUUUUUGCGGGAAGUCCCGUUUUCUAUUGGUUCAUAUUGUACGAGUUGAUCGUCAGAACAUUGUUUGGAAUACGACUAGACCCUAUUGCCUACCUCGCGAUGUUCGUCAUUAAGCCUUAUGUCGUUGAUCGAUGGGAACUAAUCGAGGAUUUAAUGGUUGCCGGCCCGCCACGAAGGCAAGCGAUGAUUAAUCCUAUUCCUCCUACCUUGAUGGCCACCAUCGCCUGGCACUGUGGCUGGCCAUACGGGGCUCGGUGGAUUGGUGGUCUGCUGGCGGCUACGUGUUUCGCACAGGCUUUCUAUGAUGUGUGCCUUGGAUGUGCAGUCUUCUGGAUCAUGAUCAAGCUUAAGAUUGCUCCACGAGAGCAGUGCGAGGUGUGCACGGUCACGCUGGGAGCAUCUGGAGAGCAAUACUGCCUAUCGCGUCCAAAGAAAACGAACAUGACUGAGUCUGUCAUCGCCCAAAAAUCAGUUGUCAGUCACAGACCAACAGAGUUGGUUGACUGA